AUGCAAUCUAUGGACAAUGCAUGUUUCGCAUGGUCGGUGGUAGCUGCUCUAUAUCCAACUAAAAAUCACACGGAACGGGAAUCGUCGUAUCCGCAUUAUAAAUCCGUGUUACAUCUCAAGGACAUUGAUUUUCCAAUCACGUUAAGUCAAAUAAAAAAGUUUGAGAAUCUCAACGCAAUCUCCAUCAAUGUAUAUACCAUUGAGAACCAGGCACAAGUAUCGAUCCUACCGAUUCACCUCGCUGACACGAAGAAGGAAAAGCAUGUCAAUUUACUGUACGUGGAGAAAGAUGGUGUGGGACAUUUUACAUGGAUCAAGAAUUUUUUGUUCCGCCUAGUUAGCUCGCAACUGAGCAAAAACGCGCACAAGAAAUACAUUUGCGAUAGAUGCCUGCACUAUUUUAGUUCGAGCGAAAAGUUGGAGGUCCACAUCAUAGACUGCGGGGAGAUGAAUGAAUGCGCGAUCAGGUUACCAAGUAAAGACGACAAGUGGGUAAGUUUUAACAACUACAGCAGGAAGGAACGUGUCCCAUUUGUUAUGUAUGCCGACCUGGAAUGUAUCCUGACAAAAAUGGAGAGAGAUCCUGAAACACCGAGCUACAAAUAUCAGCAUCAUCAA